CCCAUCCUGAAUCUCUGAGAGCGUCCCCACAUGGUGACUUCUAAUGUCAAGGGAUAAACUGGAACCAUGGUCAUUCUGCAGCAGGGGGACUAUGUCUGGUUGGACCUCAAGACCGGCCGAGAGUUUGUUGUCCCCAUCGGUGCCGUGGUCAAGCUGUGCGACUCCGGCCAGAUCCAGGUCCUGGAUGACGAGGGAAAUGAGCACUGGAUCUCCCCGCAGAAUGCCACCAACAUCAAGCCCAUGCACCCCACCUCGAUCCACGGCGUCGAAGACAUGAUCCGGCUGGGGGACCUGAACGAAGCCGGCAUCCUCCGCAACCUGCUGAUCCGCUAUAGGGAGCACCUGAUCUAUACCAACUGCGGAGGAAGGACCUACACGGGUUCCAUCCUGGUGGCAGUGAACCCAUACCAGCUGCUGCCCAUCUACACAGCAGACCAGAUCCGCCUCUACACCAAUAAGAAGAUCGGGGAGAUGCCACCCCACAUCUUUGCCAUCGCCGACAACUGCUACUUUAACAUGCAGCGAAACAACAAGGACCAGUGCUGUAUCAUCAGUGGGGAGUCUGGAGCGGGGAAGACUGAGAGCACUAAGCUGAUUCUGCAGUUUCUGGCAGCCAUCAGUGGGCAGCACUCCUGGAUCGAGCAGCAGGUGCUAGAGGCCAACCCCAUCCUGGAAGCUUUUGGUAAUGCCAAGACCAUCCGCAAUGACAAUUCCAGCCGUUUUGGAAAAUACAUUGAUAUUCAUUUCAACAAGAGGGGGGCUAUCGAGGGAGCCAAGAUUGAACAAUACCUUCUGGAGAAGUCUCGGGUGUGCAGACAGGCACGGGAUGAGAGGAACUACCACAUCUUCUACUGCAUGCUGAAAGGCAUGACCCCAGACCAGAAGAAGAAGCUGGGCCUGGGGAAAGCCACUGACUACACCUACCUCACCAUAGGAAACUGCACAGUGUGUGACGGGCGGGACGAUAAGAAGGAGUACUCGAACAUCCGCUCGGCCAUGAAGGUGCUCAUGUUCACCGACACUGAGAACUGGGAGAUCUCCAAGCUCCUGGCUGCCAUCCUUCACAUGGGCAACCUGCGCUACGAAGCCCGUACAUAUGACAACCUGGAUGCAUGUGAGGUGGUGCGCUGUGUGGACCUGAGUACUGCCGCAAUGCUGCUGGAGGUUGACCCCAAAGACUUGAUGAACUGUCUGACCAGCCGAACCAUCAUCACACGAGGUGAGACAGUCUCAACCCCCCUCAGUAUGGAGCAGGCCCUGGAUGUGCGGGAUGCCUUCAUGAAGGGAAUCUAUGGUAGGCUUUUUGUGUGGAUAGUGGAAAAGAUCAAUGCUGCCAUCUACAAACCUCCAUCCAGUGAACCCAAGGCUGUUAGGAGAUCCAUCGGCUUGUUGGACAUCUUUGGGUUUGAAAACUUCACAAUCAACAGUUUUGAGCAGCUGUGCAUCAACUUCGCCAACGAAAACCUGCAGCAGUUCUUUGUGCGUCACGUGUUCAAGUUGGAGCAGGAGGAGUACAAUCUGGAGAACAUAAACUGGCAGCACAUCGAGUUCACUGACAACCAGGACGCUCUUGACAUGAUCGCCAUAAAGCCAAUGAACAUCAUCUCCCUCAUCGACGAGGAAAGCAAGUUCCCUAAGGGUACUGAUACCACCAUGCUGAAUAAGCUCAACUCCCAGCACAAACUCAACACCAACUACAUCCCACCCAAGAACACCUAUGAGACACAGUUUGGGAUACAGCACUUUGCUGGGGUGGUCUACUACGAGACAAGAGGCUUCCUGGAGAAGAACAGAGACACUCUGCACGGUGACAUCAUCCAGCUGGUCCACUCCUCCAAGAACAAAUUCAUCAAGCAAAUCUUCCAGGCUGAUGUUGCCAUGUUUCUGUGUGGUUAUUCACCUGGUGGUGUGCUCGGUCAGCCAGGUACCCCUCCCCCAAAGGGCGCGGAGACCAGGAAGCGCUCUCCCACGCUCAGCAGCCAGUUCAAACGCUCCCUGGAGCUGCUGAUGAGGACGCUCAGCGUGUGCCAGCCCUUCUUCGUCCGCUGCAUCAAACCCAACGAGUACAAGAAGCCCAUGCUGUUUGACAGGGAGCUGUGUGUCCGGCAGCUGCGGUACUCCGGCAUGAUGGAAACCAUUCGGAUCCGCCGGGCCGGAUACCCCAUACGCUACACAUUUGUGGAGUUUGUGGAUCGCUACCGAGUCCUCAUGCCCGGAGUCAAGCCAGCCUACAAGCAGGAGGACCUCAGGGGAACCUGCCAGCGCAUUGCUGAGGCCGUCCUGGGCAGAGACGAUGAUUGGCAGAUGGGAAAGACAAAAAUUUUCCUCAAGGACCAUCAUGACAUGCUGCUGGAGAUUGAGAGGGACAAGGCCAUCACGGACAAGGUCAUCCUCAUCCAGAAGGUGGUGCGGGGCUUCAAGGAUAGGUCCAAUUUCCUCAAGAUGAGAAAGUCAGCCAUGCUGAUCCAGAAGACUUGGAGAGGCUACCAAUGUCGGAAGAACUAUGGCGCAAUGCGGGCAGGCUUUUCGCGGCUGCAGGCGCUGUACCGGUCCCGUAAGCUGUACACCACGUACCACGUGGCCCGGCAGCGCAUCACGCACUUCCAGGCUCAGUGCCGCGGGUUCCUGGUGCGCCGGGCCUUCCGGCACCGCCUGUGGGCCGUCAUCACCAUCCAGGCCUACACCCGCGGCAUGAUCUCCAGGAGGCUUUACAAGAGACUCAAAGGCGAGUACCGGCGGCGCCUGGAGGCGGAGAAGAUGCGUCUGGCGGAGGAGCAGCGGCUGCGGAACCAGAUGAGCGCUAAGAAGGCGAAGGCGGAGGCGGAGAAGAUGCACCAGGAGCGUCUGGCGCAGCUGGCCCGCGAGGACGCCGAGCGCGAGAAGAAGGAGCGCGAGGAGGCGCGGCGGAAAAAGGAGAUGGUGGAGCAGAUGGAGAAGGCGCGGCACGAGCCCGUCAACGACUCCGACAUGGUGGACAAGAUGUUCGGCUUCCUGGGCACCACCAACUCCUUCCCCGGGCAGGAGGGCCAGGCGCCAGCCGGGUUUGAGGAUCUGGAGCGUAAACAGAAGGAGCUGGAGGAGGAGGACUUGGAUGAGGCUCUUCCUCUCCCUGAAGAAGACGAGGAGGACCUCUCCGAGUACAAGUUUGCCAAGUUUGCUGCCACGUACUUCCAGGGCACCACCACGCACACCUACGUCCGCCGGCCACUCAAACAACCGCUGCUCUUCCAUGAGGAUGAGGGCGAUCAGCUGGCUGCCCUGGCUGUAUGGAUCACAGUGCUGAGGUUCAUGGGAGAUUUACCUGAGCCCAAGUACCACACAGCCAUCAGCGACGGCAGCGAGAAGAUCCCUGUCAUGACCAAGAUUUACGAGACUCUGGGAAAGAAGACCUACAAGAGGGAGCUGCAGGCCCUGCAGGGGGAGGGUGAGAGUGUACACAGUGACAGUCACAAGAAGAGCAGUGUGCGUCACAAGCUAGUGUCCCUCACUCUUAAGAAGAAGUCAAAGAUUACCGAGGAGGUCACCAAACGUCUUAAUGAUGGUGAGUGCACCAUGCAUGGGAACAGCAUGCUGGAGGACCGUCCCACCUCCAACCUGGAGAAGCUGCAUUUCAUCAUCGGCAAUGGAAUUCUCCGCCCCGCCCUCAGAGAUGAGAUCUACUGUCAGAUCUGUAAACAGCUCACUCAGAACCCGUCCAAGAGCAGCCACGCCCGUGGCUGGAUCCUCAUUUCACUCUGUGUAGGCUGCUUCGCCCCGUCCGAAAAGUUUGUCAAAUAUUUGAGGAACUUCAUUGGUGGUGGGCCCCCUGGUUACGCCCCUUACUGCGAGGAGCGUCUGAGGAGAACCUUCGUCAAUGGGACAAGGACACAGCCCCCAUCCUGGCUGGAGCUCCAGGCCACAAAAUCUAAGAAACCCAUCAUGUUGCCGGUGACCUUCAUGGAUGGCACAACCAAGACCCUUCUGACGGACUCGGCCACCACGGCCAAGGAGCUGUGCAACGCGCUGGCCGACAAAAUCAGCCUGAGGGACCGCUUUGGCUUCUCCCUCUACAUCGCCCUCUUCGACAAGGUGUCCUCUCUGGGCAGCGGGAAUGACCAUGUGAUGGACGCGGUGUCGCAGUGCGAGCAGUAUGCCAAGGAGCAGGGGGCACAGGAGCGCAACGCCCCCUGGAGGCUGUUCUUCCGCAAGGAGAUUUUCACCCCCUGGCACAACCCCUCUGAUGACAACGUGGCCACCAACCUCAUCUACCAGCAGAUUGUGCGGGGGGUCAAGUUCGGGGAGUACCGCUGUGAUAGGGAGGAGGACCUGGCAGAGCUGGCCUCGCAGCAGUACUAUGUCGACUACGGAGCAGAGAUUCUGCUAGAACGUCUGCUCAGCCUCAUACCCUCCUACAUCCCCGACCGCGAAAUCAACUCCUCCAGGACCGUGGAGAAGUGGGCCCAGUUCAUCAUGGCUGCACACAAAAAGGGAAUCUACACACAGAAGAGGAUGGAACCACAGAAGGUUAAGGAGGAAGUAGUGGAUUUUGCUCGAUAUAAGUGGCCUUUGCUCUUUUCCCGGUUUUAUGAGGCCUUCAAGUUUUCAGGUCCCAGCUUGCCAAAGAAUGAUGUCAUUGUGGCUGUGAACUGGACGGGAGUUUACUUUGUGGAUGAACAGGAACAGGUCUUGCUGGAGCUCUCCUUCCCAGAGAUCAUGGCAGUGUCCAGCAGCAGAGGAGGCAAGCUACAAGGACAGAGCUUCACUCUGGCCACUAUCAAGGGGGACGAGUACACCUUCACCUCCAACAACGCUGAGGACAUCCGUGACCUGGUCGUCACCUUCCUGGAGGGGCUGAGGGGGAGGUCAAAGUUUGUUGUGGCCCUGCAGGACAACCCCAAUCCCACUGGGGAAGACUCCACCUUCCUGAGCUUUGCAAAGGGUGACCUCAUCCUCCUGGACCAGGAAACUGGGGAGCAGGUGAUGAAUUCAGGAUGGGCCCAUGGCAUCAAUGACAGGACCAAACAGAGGGGCGACUUCCCAGCCGACUGUGUCUAUGUGCUGCCCACAGUAACCAGACCCCUGCCUGACAUUGUAGCUUUGGUCACCAUGACACCAGACCAGCGGCAGGAGUCCAUCCGUGUGUCGCAGCUGGUCCUGACGGACAGUGAGGAAAGGGUUAAACCAUACACACUGGAGGAGUUUUCCUACGACUACUUCAGGCCCCCUCCAAAGCACACGCUGAGUCGGGUGAUGAUCACGAAGAACAGGGGGAAGGACAAGCUGUGGUCCUGCACCAGAGAGCCCAUCAAGCAGCCGCUGCUGAAGAAGGUGCUGAACCAUGAGGAGCUUUCCCAAGAGGGCUGCAUGUCCUUCAUUGCUAUAAUGAAGUACAUGGGUGAUUACCCAUCCAAGCGAACGCGCACUGUCAACGAGCUCACUGACCAGAUAUUUGAAGGGGCCUUGAAGGCGGAACCUCUGAAAGAUGAGAUCUUCUGCCAGAUCCUCAAGCAGCUCACUGACAACCACAUCAAGUAUAGUGAGGAGAAGGGCUGGGAGUUGCUGUGGCUCUGUACAGGCCUCUUUCCCCCGAGCAAUGUGCUUCUGCCCCAUGUCCAGAGGUUCUUGCAGUCCAAGAAACACCACCCCCUCGCCCCUGACUGCAUGCAACGGCUGCAGAAGGCCCUGAGAAACGGCUCCAGGAAGUAUCCCCCACACCUGGUGGAGGUGGAGGCCAUUCAACACAAAACCACGCAAAUCUUUCACAAAGUGUACUUCCCUGAUGACACGGAUGAGGCUUUUGAAGUGGAGUCUAGCACAAAAGCCAAGGACUUCUGCCUGAACAUCUCUGAGAGACUGCUCCUUAAGUCCCCAGAUGGAUUCAGCUUGUUUGUGAAGAUUUCUGACAAGGUGAUUAGUGUACCAGAGGGAGACUUCUUCUUUGACUUUGUCAGGCACCUGACUGAUUGGAUCAAGAAAGCCAGACCUGCAAAAGAUGGUAUAGUGCCUUCAUUAACGUACCAGGUGUUCUUCAUGAAAAAGCUGUGGACUAACACUGUACCGGGGAAGGAUUCUUUUGCUGACUCCAUAUUCCAUUACUACCAGGAACUUCCCAAGUACCUGCGUGGCUACCACAAGUGCUCCCGCGAGGAGGUCUUCCAGCUGGGGGCCCUUAUUUACCGUGUCAAGUUUGAGGAUGACAAGUCCCACUUUCCCACCAUUCCCAAGAUGCUGAAGGAGCUCGUGCCCCAGGACCUGAUCCGCCAGCUCUCGCCCGAUGACUGGAAACGGUCUGUCGUGGCCUACUUCAACAAGCAGGCAGGGAAGUCUAGAGAGGAGGCCAAGUUAAUGUUCUUAAAAAUCAUUUUCAAAUGGGCAACAUUUGGAUCUGCCUUUUUUGAAGUAAAGCAAACCACAGAGCCAAACUUCCCGGAGAUUCUGCUUAUAGCCAUCAACAAGCAUGGUGUUAGUUUGAUUGACCCAAAGAACAAGGACAUCUUAACAACACAUCCCUUCACGAAGAUUUCCAACUGGAGCAGCGGCAACACCUACUUUCACAUCACCAUCGGAAACCUGGUGCGCGGCAGCAAGUUGUUGUGCGAGACUUCACUGGGCUACAAGAUGGAUGACCUUUUGACCUCCUACAUCAGUCAGAUGUUGACCACCAUGAGCAAGCAGCGCAGCUCUCGAGGAAUCAGCAAGUGAACUGAUUACUGGCGAGAGGCGGCAGAGCUGGUCCGCUUGCUCCGCCCCAUGGGCCAGCCCUGCAGCUGGGGGCGGAGCUUCUCCACCCACCUGUGGAGGAUGAGCCGCAGCCCCUCCACCAGCUCCGCCGAGCUUGAUGUCGAUGAGCCCUCCCUCUCAUCCCCCUCGAGUGAGGAUGACUACCUCUGAGCCCCAUCUGGCACUCUCUAACUCAGCCACCUGACCCAACCCCCUCCCAUUACACUGAGCAGCCAGCCAGGACCCCCCCCAGGACAGGACUAGGAUGCUUUCAUCAGCCACAGUGACAAUUCCAUACAUGCAGCCAUGUAAGUGCUUUCUCACACCUCCCACACACAUUUAUGUCCACAUAGACUCAACUGUUGUAUCUAAUUUAAGAAUGGUACUUGAAACAUUUUCAAGGGCUUAAGACUGCAGAGGCUUGUCCUUGGGCAGUUACUUUUCAGGGUCACAUGAGUACUGGCCAACAUGGAUGUUAAAUCUUGUCACUGUGUGAUUAGCUACUCUAAAUAUAGAUAUUUACCGGAUAUUUAGAAAUACAGUAAAAGCAUUAAUAUAUUGUGUAAUGAUGGCUUUGUCACAUGGGUUUACAAUAUUGUAACUGAAUGGGUUUUGUUAUUAUUGUAUUUGAUAUCCUUUAUGGUUUUCCAUUUCUUGUUUUUGAAGGCCUUAAGGUGAUACUUUUUCCCAUUUGUGUAACUGAGUUCACUGUUUAUAUAUUUUAUGUUUAGAUACUAAGAAAUUCUCUGACACAUUCACUUGGAGAACAGCUUGCUGAAGCAUUGUGUAUGUGUCCUGCAGUUAUUUCACUGUGCUGUUAAUCUUUGAGCGAAGGACAAAAAUCCCAAACAAUUUUGGUGCUGUUAGAAAAACUAGGAAAAAAAGAAAUAGUACAAAAAGAAAUAGAAAUAAAUGUGGAGUCUCUGAAACGCCGUUACUUACAGCCUUAUGAAAUGUCUGUCUGGGUCAUAGUGGCCAGGAGGGAUGCAUUGUUAGCAUUGGGAAUAAACUGGCCUGAAACAGCAAAGUAUAAGAUUGUCAUAGUUAUUGCACUCACUGGACGCUGUGCACAAGUCAGAUUUUUUUCCCCAGUCAUCCUGUAGUUGUCCUAUUGCAGAAGUACAGUUACACCUUGUCUUAAAUUCACUCAUGGCCUUUGUAUCCUUUGACUGCAAACAUGUAAAAUGAUAAACGUAUGUUCUUUCUGAGGAAGAGGAAGAAACCGGUCUUCUUUAAAAUUAAACCUUAUUGCAUAGCACAGAACACCUAAUUUAUGGUAGGAUCCAACAAAAGAUGGCUGGAGUUUCAUCUUUGCCCAGCAUGAAAUGUUGACCAAUUUUUUGUUAAAGAUCGAAGUCGCAACGACAUGCAUCCAUCUCAAGUGAGAUAUCACACUGCAGAACCUCUUGCUGCACACUGACCAAAGAGGUACUGGAGUAUUGUGUCCUUGUAAAUUCUGGCAUGUAUGCUAUUUCAUUAACACAACUUACUGUAAGUAGGGGCAGUCUUUAUCCUGCUAGUUUAACCUGAACAAGUACAAAAUUUCAGUAUUCAAAUAUUACUGAAAUGGGGAUGGUCCUAAAGCAUGUGAAAAGUAAUGGUUUCAGAUGUGUGUCCCAUAGGUUGUGUGUCUAGUUUACUCUAGUAAACAAAACAGUUCAUAUAUAUUUAAUGCAGGCAGUAUCUAUGUUGUAAUACUGUUUUAAUUCUGAAUGCACAUAAAAAAGUAUUUUGUAUUUGAAGUGUUCACAGCUGAGAGAAUGGUUACCUCUGUAUGCAGAUCAUGAAGUUUUCCCUUAUGAAAGGAAAACUGCUGUUUUAUAAAACUGAACAAAUAAAAUUGUCUUUAAAUCCGC